ACGACUCGUCCCCUGUCUUUUCCGGAUGGCUCCUUCUGAGGUUUCAGCCUAAAUGUCAUUGCAGAGAGACCCUCCUCCACAUCGGAAGUAGGUUCUGCUCUCGGCUCCUGCCUUUGGCUGCUUGGCUACACUUCAUCACCCGUGGUGAUGAUGUUUACUUGUUAUGUCUGACUAGCGUUGAAACUUAGAGCCACCACCGGGUCCCCAGAGCCUGCAUUUAUCGCGCACCUGUUCGCGCCCUGCGCACAGCUGCAGGCGCCUCUGCUUCGGGACGGUGCUUCUGUUUCCUGCUGGGAGUGCCGACCCGGUCCCGGACUAGCCGGGUGGCUUCUCACAGCCACAGAGACAGCUGCAACCCGGGACCUCAGACCUGACGCCGGAUCCCGCCGUCGCCGGGCAGCGGGAAGCCAGGUUCUUCCGCCACCCCCCAGCCAGGGCCUGGCCACCCCUCCCACAGAAUGCCUGAGGGCCCUGAGCUGCAUCUGGCCAGCCACUUUGUGAACGAGGCAUGCAGGGAGCUGGUGUUUGGCGGGUGUGUGGAGAAGUCCCCUGUCAGCCGCAACCCUGAGGUGCCCUUUGAGAGCAGCGCCUACCACAUCGCAGCUUUAGCCCGAGGCAAGGAGCUGCGCCUGACACUGAGCCCCCUGCCUGGGGCCCAGCCCCCACGGGGGCCACUGGCCCUUGUCUUCCGCUUUGGCAUGACCGGCUCCUUCCAGCUGGUGCCCAGCGAUGCGCUGCCACCCCAUGCCCAUCUGCGCUUUUACACGGCUCCCCCUGGCCCCCGACUUGCUCUCUGCUUCGUGGACAUCCGCCGCUUUGGCCACUGGGACCUCGGGGGCAAGUGGCAGCCAGGCCGCGGGCCGUGUGUCUUGCUGGAGUACGAGCAGUUCAGACUGUGUCCCUCCAGGGAGAAUGUGUUACGAAACCUAGCAGACAAGGCCUUUGACCGGCCCAUUUGUGAGGCCCUCUUGGACCAGAGGUUCUUCAAUGGCAUUGGCAACUAUCUGCGGGCAGAGAUCCUAUACCGGCUGAGGAUACCCCCCUUCGAGAAGGCCCGCACGGUUCUGGAGGCACUGCAGCAGCGCAGGCCGAGCCCGGAGCUGACCCUGAGCCAGAAGAUCAGGGCCAAGCUGCAGAACCCAGACCUGCUGGAGCUGUGCCACUCAGUGCCCAAGGAAGUGGUCCAGCUGGGGGGCAAAGGCUAUGGGCCGGAGAGCACGGAGGAGGACUUUGCUGCCUUCCAAGCCUGGCUGCGGUGUUACGGCACGCCGGGCAUGAGCUCCCUGCGGGACCGGCAGGGCCGCACCAUCUGGUUCCAGGGGGAUCCUGGACCCUUGGCGCCCAAAGUCCCCACUCCAACCCUCGGAGGCACUCCAGAGUGGGAGCAUGGGAGUCUAGAGAAAGGGGGCCGCGGCCACAAGACCCUCCAACCCCAUCAGCAACAGUAUCCUGCAGGGGGCAAGUCCCGCAAGAAGAAAUCCAAGGGAGCACAGCGGGGUCCUGAGGACCAAGUGGAGAACCCUCCACCUCCAAACAAGGCCCCUUCAAGGACACAAAGGGCACGGAGAGGCCUUCCUGAGCAGACUGCGGCCCAGCAGCCCGAGGGGACCAGCCUCCAAUGGGACCCAGAAGCCCCCCGUGUCCCUGAGAAAGGGAAGAGGAGGAGGCAACCAGCGACCUCAGGCCGCCGCAGACCCCAAAAGAUCAAGGCUGACACCCCAUCCUUGGAGCCUGAGGAGACCUCAGCCUCUUAGCAGGAGGGUCUCCUUGCUUGCAUCCACCCCUUCCUGCUGCCCUGGAUCUGGGCCUGUGCGGCUUCCUGGAAGUUGCAGGGGACUGGCUGCCUCUGGCCCUGUGGCCAUUCCCUAUACAACUAUGAUGUUUUUAAUUGUACCCGUUGUCCCCAUUUUUUAAGCCCACGUGAAAAAUGCUGUAAUUUUUAGUAAACUGAUAAACCUUGAA